AUAGUAUGUGUAGUUGCUGUAGUCGGUGUAGUUGGUGUAGUAUAUGGAGUUGGUGUAGUUGCUGUAGUUGGUGUAGUUGGUGUAGUUACUGUAGUAUGUGUAGUUGGUGUAGUUGGUGAAGUUAGUGUAGUUGCUGUAGUUCCUGUAGUUGGUGUAGUUGCUGUAGUUACUGUAGUUGGUGUAGUUACUGUAGUUGGUGUAGUAGCUGUAGUUGCCGUAGUUGGUGUUGUAUGUGCAGUUGGUGUAGUCGGUGUAGUUACUGUAGUUGUUGUAGUUGGUGUAGUUACUGUAGUAUGUUUAGUUAUGUUUAUGCGUAGUUGGUGUAGCUAGGUGUAGUUGGUGCAGUUACUGUAGUUGCUGUAGUUGGUGUAGUUAGUGUAGUUUGUGUAGUAAGGUGUAGUUGAUGUAGUUGCUGUAGUUAGUGUGGUUGGUGUAGUAUGUAUAGUUGGUGUAGUAUAUGUAGUUGGUGCAGUAUUCGUAGUUGCUGUAGUUGCUGUAGUUGGUGUAGUUAGUGUGCUUGGUGUAGUUAGUGUAGUAUAUGUAAUUGGUGUAGUUACUGUAGUUGCUGUGGUUACUGUAGUCUGUGUAGCUGCUGUAGUUGGUAAAGUUACUGUAGUUGGUGUAGUUAGAGUAGUUGGUGUAGUACAGGUAGUUGGUGUUGUUGUUGUAGUUGGUGAAAUUGCUGUAGUUGCUGCAGUUCCUGUAGUUCCUGUAGUUAGUACAGUCGGUGUAGUAUGUGUAGUUGGUGUAGUUGCUGUAGUUUGUGUAGGUGGUGUGGUAUAUGUAGUUAGUGUA